AUGUCAUCAUCAACGUCAACCCCGGAUUCUGUCCAGGUCAUCAAUGAACGGAAGGAGUUCAAUCAAAAGCUAUCUGAUUACUUGGACGUUACAAACACUUUGAAUAGUGGAUUGGAUUAUCAUAUUGUAUCAGUUUUUGGAAGUCAAUCUACUGGUAAAUCGACCCUUCUCAAUGCGUUGUUUGGUACUAAGUUCCAGGUUAUGAAUGAAGCCCAACGUAGUCAGACUACUAAGGGUAUCUGGAUGGGCAAGGCUAUUAUGAGCGGUGAAGCAGAAGCUAUUUCUGAUAGCGAUGAUUAUGAUAAUGGAAGUAGUAUCAGUACAAAAUCGUCUGAUGAGGAUGCUGCUGUGUCGGUGUCUGUCUCACCAUCGAAGAAGAAGAGUGGUGAUGAUUACCUCAAUGUGGUCCCUUCUUCAUCACAUAUCUUGGUUUUAGAUGUAGAAGGUACAGAUGGUCGAGAAAGAGGUGAAGAUCAAGAUUUUGAAAGAAGAUCUGCUUUGUUCGCACUUGCUACCUCAGAAGUCCUAAUAGUCAACAUGUGGGAAAGUCAGGUCGGAUUAUAUCAAGGUGCAAAUAUGGGCCUACUAAAAACUGUUUUUGAGGUCAAUUUGUCCUUGUUUCAAACCUCUGGACAAGCUUCUAGAUCGUUAAUUUUGUUUGUGAUUAGAGAUCACAGAGGUUCUGCUUCGUUGGACAGUUUAGCUUCUACCGUAAUCGAGGAUCUGGACAAACAUUGGGAGUCGAUUGCCAAACCUACUGAGGAGCUUAAGAGUUCUAAGAUUAGCGAUUUCUUUGAUAUUCAAUUUUUUGCUCUUCCUCACAAGGUUUUCUUGCCAGAAAAGUUCUCUGAGCAAGUAAAUGUUCUGGCUAGAAGGUUCACAAAUGCACACUCGUCCGCUUAUGUGUUCAAGCCAGAAUAUCAUCGUAAAGUGCCGAUUGAUGGUUGGGCGAUGUAUGCCAAUCAGAUCUGGGAGCAGAUUGAAUUGAAUAAAGACCUCGAUUUGCCCACUCAGCAAAUGCUUUUGGCUAGAUUUAGAUGUGAAGAAAUCUCAGGACAAUCAUUCAAAUAUUUUGAUGAAGAAUUGGCUAAGCUGAAUCAAUCCAAAGGUGGAAUUCUCGGGGGUACUCAGGUGGUUCCAGGGUUUGGUGAGUCGAUAAAAGCUAUUCGUAGUGAGGCAUUAGGACAGUUUGACUCAUUGGCAUCCCGCUAUCAUGAGAAUGUGUAUCUCAGCAAACGAAAAGACUUGCAGUCAUUAAUUGAUACGCGGAUCUCCAUUCUUUAUCACGCCCAGCUGCAAGCCCUUCACAAGGCAAGUUUGGAGCUGUUUCACAGUACUAUUACCAAAGCUCCCGAAGACUCCAGCUUUGAACAGACUGUAUUGUCAGCGCGUGCUGCUGCCGAAGGGCACUUUGAAACUGGUGCUAAGGAAGCCACUAUUGAUGAAGAGGUGUUCAACUAUGAUGAGCACCGAAACAGAUUUACGGCUGAAUUGCAGACAGCAGAAGACCAAAAGAAAGAAGAGGCAAUCAAGAAAAUUGUCACAAGAGUUGGCAAGCGGGUGUCAAGAAUUUUUGCUGAAGAUAUUGACUCAUUUUUUGUCACACCUGAUGAAGAUACUUGGCGUAAGGUAUCUGAUUUUUUCAAUGCAACUUUACGUACAGUACUCUCUCCAUAUGAUGGUGGCAAGGAUUUCAAAGUCGGUGCUACUAGCGAUAUUAACAAGCGAGGUGCACAUGACAUUCGCAAGGCAGCAUGGGUUUCGCUUGAUUCUAAGCUGCGAGAAAUCACCCGCGAAGAUAAUGUGGUGAUGAGACUGCGAGAGAUUUUCGAAAACUCGUUCAGAUACGAUAAAAAUGGAGUUCCCGUCGUGUGGAAGGCCACAGAUGAUAUUGAGGGCCCAUAUAUUAAAGCUCGUGACCAUGCACUAAGCGUAUUGCCGAUUUUUGCUACUGCCCAAUUUGCUGAUGGUGAAAAGUUCGAGCCUGAUGUUAUUAUUGAUGAGGAUGCUGAUGAUUUCUCGCUGAGGAUCAGAGACACUAAGCUACAAGAGAUCUCGACUAAGUUUAGACGACAAGCUGAUGCAUUAUAUGUAGAUGCUAAGCGUUCCACAUCACAAUCUACAGCCCAUAUUCCAUUUUAUAUCAUUGUACUUCUGGUGGUUCUGGGUUGGAACGAAUUCAUGGCGGUUCUGCGAAAUCCAUUCUUAAUAUUAUUUGCCAUGAUGGCUGGUGGAGGUGCAUACCUUGCGUACUGUCUUGACAUGUGGGGUCCAAUCAUCACCGUAACUUCAGUUAUGAUUGAGAAGUCUUCAGAAAUUGCCAAGGAAAAGCUCCGCCAGGCUCUGGAUGUACCGGUAGCGCCUGCUCACCAGUCUGCUGUUCCGGGUGGCUCAGCAAUCCCUCUGGACGAUUUGACCUCAUCUGGAGAACGUAUUUCCGUCACUCCAGAAAAGACAGAAAAGGACGAGGAACUGUAG